AUGCAGUUCAAAUGUGGUGGAGAGGUCAAAAACACUUGUAAUGUGACGGCGCCGAGGCGGUUGCUACUCGGCAGCGGCACAGAGGAGGAUGGGUGGUUGGAAACCGGUUCGGAUACCUGCGUGACGUUAUGGGAUAGAUGGGAUUAUCUGAGGGGAAGCGAUGGGCCGUGUGGAGCCGCCACGGGGCCUUGGCACAACCAAGGGUGUGACAUAUACUCUCAGAAUUAUGAAGCUUUAUUCACAUCAUUCAAUUGGAAAAAGAGUUUCAAGUUCUUUUUCAAACUGUACAUCCACUUCUGGCCCGACGUAUGGCCAUUCAUGGUAGAGAUAAUCAAGGCACACAAGUGCUACGGCAGGGCGAUUGCUCGCAGGGAGCAGCGGCAGGGUGAUUGCUCGCAUCGCCCGUGUUUCAGAAGCCUCCCGAAGGGCAUGGAGACGUGCUACGCUGGAGAGAUUUCUAUGUACACAGAGAGAGAAAACAGAAUCCAGGUGGCAACUCUUGAGAAGACUCAGCUCAUUGCAAAGGAUUUUUCUGAGCUGCGCAUCCACUUCUGGCCCGACGAGAGAGCACUGAAGAAGGUUGUGACAGGAAAAGAGCAGAGAAUGACAGAGAGAGCAAAGAAAAGAAGGAAGAAGAAGCAUUUGAGCCGAUAG